AUGGUAAUAUACAGUGGAGUCAGCAAGGACGAACGUGCGAAAGAAGGAGUGGCACUGGCAAUACACAAGAAAUAUACAAACAGCAUAGAAGAAUGUCAAUAUACAUCAUCUCGCAUACUAAUCGUUAAACUGCGAACAGAAACUCAAUUAUUAAAUAUAAUAUCGAUAUAUGCACCCGAAGAUAAUAAGCCAAAACAAGAGCGAGAAAGUUUCUAUGAACAGCUUCAAAAUAUUACAGAAUCACUAUCACAGAAUGAAUCGAUAAUAACCCUUGGAGUUUUUUACGCACGCAUUGGUAACGAAGUGAUACCAGGCGUAAAACAACGCUUUAACGAAAAUAUAUUGAACGACAAUGGGGAAUUGCUGAUGAACCUAUGUUCGCUAUGUGAUCUAAGAAUCAACAACACCUUCUUUGAUCUCAAACCACAGUACAAAUCCACCUUUCGUAACUCCCGGGGACAACAAUCAACAAUACACUACAUCGUAACCAAUAGACAUAUACACCCCGCACACAUACAAGAAGUAAGGACAUUAAACUCCGCGAAUGCAGGAAGUGAUCACAGUUUGCUUCUGGGAAAAAUCAAAAUGAAACUUAACCUGGGAAGGAAUAGAGAACCAAGAGCACACACAGAAAAACUAAACAUCGAAUCCAUGUGGGACACAACCAUAAAAGAACUAUAUAAAAACCGUUUAAAAGGGAAAAUCGAUAAAAACCCGAUAGAAGAAAAUGAUGAUAUUAACAACAGUUGGAAGAGAUUAAAAGAAAAUAUCAUAGAAGUAGCAAGUGAAUCGCUUGGAACUCGGACUAUAAGACCACAAAAACAAGGAACGAACAAAACAUUAUGGUUCUCCAGCAAGGUCAAAGAACAGUGCAAAAAGAAAAAGAAAGCGUACUUAAACUACAUGUCGUCACAAACGGCAGAAGCAUAUAAAGAAUACAAAAGAAUCCGUAACGAUACAAAAACACUAGUAAGACAAAUGAAAGACAACUACUGGGAAACCUUCUCCAAAAGAAUGGAAAGCGACUUCUAUGGAACCAGACACGUACAAAGAGAUACUUGGGUAAAAUAUUUAGAGGAACUAUACAAGGAAGAAGAGACCGAAACCGAACCAAAUACACCAGAGAUAGUAAUAAGUGAUGAGACUAAUAUAAAAAAGGAAGAUAUAGAAACAGCACUCCAAAAACUAAAAAACAGAAAGAGCCCAGGUCCGGAUAACAUCGCCAACGAAUUACUUAAAUAUGGAGGAGAGAAGCUAAACCAACAACUAACAACCCUAACAAAAAAAUAUUUACCCAACACAGAAUACCAGAUGAGUGGAGAAAUAGUUACAUUAAUAGUGGGAAUAGCUGGAGGUUGUCGAAGGGAAGAGUUGUAUACAAUGAAAAUUGAUGACAUUGAAAAUAAAGGGGAGUAUCUACUCAUCACGAUUCCAGAUUCGAAAACGCAUACAAAUUGGCAUUUUACAAUUAUUGGAUAA